UCAGGCAAGGGGCGUGUCGUUCAGCGAUGACGUUUUUGCCCCGCCCCCCCCGCGGGUGCCCGUGCCGGCCGCCAGGGGGCGCGCGCGCGGCGGUUGCCGGGCAACGAAACAUGGCGGGGCAGUACGAGGACGCCUUCAGCCCCCCCCGCCUGCGGUGCUGGACCGUGCCCCGCCCCCCCCCGAAGCUCCCCACCCCGCGCCCCCCGACCCCGUUCAUCGCCAACGACCGGGGCCACCUCCUGCCGCACGUGCGGCGCUCCCAGGUGUCGCCGUGGGGCACCUUCCUGGGGACAUGGGACAUGCCAGCGCGGAUCCCCCCGGCCCGCCUGGACCUGAGCGCCCGCCAGCCCCGCGCCGCCGCCCGCCUGGCCCGGGAGCGGCCCCCGCGCCUGAGCACGGCCUGCAACGGCCUCCGCACCCGCGUCACCGGCAAGCUGCAGAAACCCUGGGACACGGAACCUUCUGGAAAGGAGCAGGGGGGUCCCAGCGGGGGCCCUGUGGCCCCAAACCCCGGGGACAACCCUGAGGGGGGACCCUGUCCCCAAAAUCCCCCUGGGGGGGGACCCUGUCCCCAAAAUCCCCCUGAGGGGGGACCCUGUCCCCAAAAUCCCCCUGGGGGGGGACCCUGUCCCCAAAAUCCCCCCUGCUCCGGGCCCCCCCCCAGCUCCUGAGCCCCUGGAGGUGGCUCUGCUGUCAUUGUCCCCUCCCCUGGGGACAAUCCCCCCCCCCCAAUCCCAUCUUUUCCUCCCUUCAGGGGGGCUCAGGAGGGUCUGGGCCCCCCCCCC